GUAGUGGAGCCGUGGUGGAGAAACUUUCUCAAGAGAAGGAAUAUGCCACGCUUCAUUUGGGAUUCCAUCAACAAAAAACUGGUUCCCCUGCAGACAUCCUCGGAUAACACGCUGACUCGGUUCGGUUGUUCGGACGGUUCCUUAAUCCAUUUUCCAUUUCAGUAUAUAUAAUACGGAGUAUAUGUACAAACACACAUUCAUAUAUAGAUUUGUGCGUGUGAAAGCUCAGAUGCUUGAUGCUUCCUUCCCUGCCCGCAUUUUUACAGUGGCUGCUUGUGGAGUAAUCAGAGGACUAGCUGCACAAUGGGGAGUGAUAAGCAGUCAGUUGGGUUACUAGAUACCCUUAAUAUGGAGACAGUCAGGACGAUAUUAGCCCAUCCAUAUCCAUAUCCACACGAACACUCACGACAUCUUUUCAUUGCUGUGGUUGUGGGUUGCCUGUUUUUCAUAUCAUCUGAUAAUAUCCAUACCCUUAUCCAGAAGUUAGACACCAACAUCAAAUGGUGGUCUAUUUAUGCCUGUUUGCUAGGAUUCUUUUACUUCUUUUCAUCUCCAUUUCUUGGGAAAACAAUUAGGCCAAGUUAUUCCAAUUUCAGCCGCUGGUAUAUAGUCUGGAUAUUGGUUGCAGCUCUUUAUCAUCUUCCCAGUUUUCAAUCAAUGGGAGUUGAUCUAAGGAUGAAUCUCUCUUUGUUUCUGACAAUAUACGUCUCGUCCAUCUCCUUUCUGCUUGUUUUCCAUCUCGUUUUUAUUGGGCUUUGGCAUCUUGGCCUUGUGGCUCGUGUGGCUAAAAGAAGGCCUGAAAUCCUUGCAAUAAUUCAAAACUGUGCUGUUUUAAGUAUAGCAUGCUGUGUAUUUUAUAGCCACUGUGGCAACCUUGCAAUUGUGCGGGAAAAAACAUUUGACUGUAGAGAUUCUCUUUGGUUUUCUCUCUGGCGGAAGGGGGAGCGAAAUACAUGGCUUGCAAAAUUUGUUCGUGUGAGUGAGUUCAAAGAACAGGUUUGUAAAUCUUGGUUUGCACCAGUUGGAUCUGCCAGUGACUAUCCGUUUUUAUCGAAGUGGGUCAUAUAUGGAGAGUUGAGCUGUGGUGGUGCAUGUGCAGAAUCAUCAGAUGAAAUCUCUCCAAUAUAUUCUUUGUGGGCCACUUUUAUCGGUCUUUACAUUGCCAAUUAUGUUGUGGAAAGAUCAUCAGGUUGGGCUCUUUCUCAUCCUCUUUCGCACAAAGAAUAUGACAAGUUGAAGAAAAAACAGAUGAAGCCUGAAUUUCUGGACAUGGUUCCUUGGUAUUCGGGGACAUCUGCUGAUUUGUUUAAGACUGUGUUCGACUUAAUAGUCUCAGUGACACUAUUUGUGGGACGUUUUGAUAUGAGGAUGAUGCAGGCAGCAAUGAGUGGAGUUGAAGAUGGGGCUAAACAUGAAGAUCUUUUGUAUGACCACUUCAGUGAAAAGAAUGACUUUUGGUUUGACUUUAUGGCUGAUACCGGUGAUGGUGGGAAUUCUUCUUACACAGUGGCAUGCCUUCUUGCUCAACCUUUAAUCCAUGUCCAAAAUAACGGCACUCUACUUAGUUUGCCUCGAGGGAAUCUGCUUCUCAUAGGCGGCGAUCUUGCGUAUCCUAAUCCAUCAGCUUUUACAUAUGAGAAGCGUCUAUUCCGCCCCUUCGAGUAUGCUCUUCAGCCACCAAUAUGGUAUAAAGAAGAGCAUAUUGCUGUAAACAAACCAGAAUUGCCUCAUGGGAUUGCUGAAUUGAAGCAGUAUGAAGGGCCUCAAUGUUUUGUCGUACCUGGAAAUCAUGAUUGGUUUGAUGGACUUCAGACAUUCAUGAGGUACAUUUGUCACAAAAGCUGGUUGGGUGGUUGGUUUAUGCCUCAGAAGAAGAGCUAUUUCGCCCUUCAGCUGCCAAAAAGGUGGUGGGUAUUCGGUCUUGAUCUGGCCCUCCAUUGCGAUAUUGAUAUCUACCAAUUCAAGUUCUUCUCAGAAUUAGUAAGGGAUAAGGUUAAAGAUGAUGACUGUGUGAUCAUAAUGACACAUGAACCUAAUUGGCUCAUUGAUUGGUACUGGAAUGAUGUGACGGGGAAGAAUAUUUCCCACUUGAUACGUGACCAUUUAGUGGGGAGGUGUAAACUUCGAAUUGCUGGGGAUUUGCAUCAUUACAUGCACCAUUCAUACGUUCCCUCUGAAAAGCCAGUUCAUGUGCAACAUUUGAUUGUCAAUGGUUGUGGCGGGGCUUUUUUGCACCCAACACACGUAUUUAAGAACUUUAAAGAGUUAUAUGGGAUGUCCUACAAGUGCACAGCUUCGUACCCAUCGUUUGAAGAUUCAAGCCGGAUUGCAUUGGGAAAUAUAUUGAAGUUUCGUAAGAAAAACUGGCAAUUCGAUAUCAUUGGUGGCUUCAUAUACUUUUUAUUGGUUUUCUCUAUGUUCCCUCAGUGUCAUUUAGACCACAUCUUAAAGGACAAUACCUUUUCGGGACACGUAAGGAGCUUCUUUAGAGCGGUGUGGGAUUCCUUUAUAUAUAUGUUGGACUGCUCAUAUGUAUCUUUUGGGGGAGCUAUGUUAUUGCUAGUAGCUGCAGUGUGUUUUGUUCCCAACAUUGCAUCUCGGAAAAGAAAAUUGAUAAUUGGGAUUCUUCAUGUGUCUGCCCACUUAGCUGCAGCAAUAAUACUCAUGCUUCUGUUGGAAUUGGGCGUUGAGACAUGUAUUCGGCAUAAUCUCCUAGCUACAUCAGGUUAUCAUACUUUAUAUAAAUGGUAUCGAUAUGUUGAGCACGAGCAUUUUCCAGAUCCCUCUGGUCUUAGGGAACGCAUUGAAAGAUGGACAUUUGGUCUUUAUCCUGCAUGUAUCAAAUAUCUAAUGUCUGCUUUUGAUGUACCUGAGGUAAUGGCAGUGACAAGGCAAAACAUAUGCAAGAAUGGGAUGGAUUCACUCCCCCGCGGGAGAGCUGCAAUAUAUUAUGCAUCUGUCUUUCUUUAUUUUUGGGUUUUCUCAACUCCGGUGGUUUCUUUGAUUUUCGGAAGCUAUCUGUAUAUCUGUAUUAAUUGGCUUCACAUACAUUUCGAUGAAGCCUUCUCAUCUCUCCGCAUCGCUAACUACAAGUCUUUUACACGGUUUCACAUAAACGUCAAAGGCGACCUUGAAGUUUUCACUCUUGCAGUUGAUAAGGUACCAAAGAAAUGGAAACUGGACUCUAAUUGGGAAACCGAGCAGCAGCAGCCAAGUCACCUGCGGAGCUUCCCCAGCAAAUGGAGAGCAGCUUCACCCCACCACGAUCCUGUAAACACCGUUCGGAUUGUUGACCAUUUUGUCAUUCAACAGAAGGAAGUAGAAAAGCCAGAUUCCAAAUUGAUGAACGGGUCAAUAACUCACUGACUGGUUCUUUUACUAGUUAUUGUUUGUACAAAUGUUGUAGUCUCUUUAGAUGGGAAUCAAGAUUGGCUGUCUAGAUGGCUGGUUGAUUCCUUUGAUCAUAUAAGUACUGUAUUCAUCAUCCAACUCCUUGUUAAGGUUGUUGCAUGGCUGGUUAAAUAUGUAUAAGUUAAUUAUAGUCAUGAUAUAUUAAGGUUUAGGAGACACGGACAUGCC